GAUAAAUGAAUUAUCGCUCUGUUGAUGAUGAUGAUAAUAAUACCAUCAUCAUUCAUCAACAUACUAAUAAUGAACUACCAGUAAAAUCAAUAAAUAAUAUUCCAGACAAAACUAUGAAUUCAUUCAACGCUUUGAAAGCAAUCAAUACUGCUGCUUCUAAAUCAGCCUACAAGUCAAAUUUGAAAAUAUCACCUCCAUUGCAAAAGGAUGCGAAAAAUUUCAAUCAAUUUAAACAAAAAUUGCAUCCAGUUCAAUUAAGAAAACCAAUUCAACAAACAAAUAAAAAUUAUGCAUGUCGUUUACAAGAUUUAUGUAUUGAAGAUCGUCGUAAAUUGAAUCAAUUAAUUCGAAAAUUAGCUGAAGCACAAGACGCUUUAGAUGUGAUGGAUUCUAAAUUGAAAGAACAAACUAUGCAUAAUAAUAAUUACAUGGGAAAAAAUGAUAAGAGAAUAUUCACAUCGAAUCAAUUUGUCGAUUCGGCUAGAAUUGGAUUAUCAAGUGUAGAAGAGGCGAAAAUAUGCCCUCCUAAUACAAAUCAAUUGAUUAUCACCUAUAAAACGAAAUUGGAACAAUUAGAAAUGGAAUUAAAUCAAAUACGAUGUAAUUUAAAACAAGAACAAACUGUUCAUCAAUUUGAAAAGAAUAAUCAAUCUUUGAAAUCAUUCAUUGAAAUUCACCCAACUAUAAUUAAUAAUGUUGAACAAAUGAAACAAUCAAAUCAAAAUAUAAAUGACUGUCCAAAACACUCCUCACCGUCAUCAUCACCUGCUCAAAUAGUUCCUCCUCCUCCUCCUCCUCCUCCUCUUCAGUGUGUUAAUCAACAUGAUCAUUCUUCUAAUCAAUAUUUGAAUCAAAAUGGCUCAAGUGCCCAUUGUGAUUCAUUACAGAGAACAAAUGUUACUGGAAAAAAUCAAUGCCAAAUCAAAUCAAUAGACCAUAAUAAUAAUAAUAAUAAUAAUAAUAAUAAUAAUAAUAAUAGGAAAGACAAUAAAAUCGAUAGUAAAUCUGAUAUAAACUCAAUGAAUCAGUUAAAUGCUACAAAACAUCAUAAAGUUUCAAGCAUUCACCGUAAAAACUCCAAUUCAAGCUUAUUACCAGUAUGGAAAUUCAUUCAGACUCAUGAUAAAUCAUCCAUUGUCAAAAACAAUCAAUCAAUAUUAAGCCAUGCAAUGAAAAAAAAUGUUUCCAUCAUGACUGUACCAGUCAAUCUGACAACAAUAACAAGAACAGCCAUUCAGUCGAAUGCUAAUUCAACUGAACAAUCUACACAAACUUUAAUUAAUGAUGAUACGAAUAAUAAUGAGUUUAAUGAUAAAUAUCCAAAUGCAUAUCAUUCAUCCAACUCAACUGGAACUUUAUUCAAAUCGACUAAUGAUAGAACAACAACAACAAUAAUGACUAGACAUUCAUUUGAAAAAUUGAACAAUUUAACACAUGCUUCAGUGCAAACUGAUUCAAUGGAACUUCAACCUAGCCAUCAUCAUCAUCAUCAUCAUGUUGAUCAUGAAAUUGAUUCAAAAACGCGCUAUAACAAAUUCCAUAAAACAACAAAAUGUACAAAUGUGGCAACACAAACGAAUCAAAUUCAAAAAAACUUCCGGACAAACAAAAAAAGAAAACGAUCUAUACGAAUGAAAAGAGGAGUUUUCUCCGCCUCCUCACCGUCCACAACCUCGUUCGCCUUGUCAUCAUCGUCUUCGCCUAGAUCUUCAUCAUUAUUGUUCGAUGAGAAUGAGAAAGGCGUUGAUCGUAAUAAUACUAAUAAUAAAGAUGUUUACAUGAAGAAUCUUUCGAUCAAGUUAAAUUCAUUACAAAUACAACAUGAGGAUAAUAAUAAUAAUAAUCAUCGGACAGUUAAAAAUCUUGAUCCAUUGUUCAAUGUUUCCAAUAAUACUGGUGAUUCAAUGUACAAUAUAAAAAAAUCGAAUCACUGUAAGUUUUAUUGUUUUAUAGUAAUUUUGUGA